CGUCCGGAAGUUGUCGCCCUAAGGUCCCCCGGAAGUAGCGCUGAGCAGUUGUUAGCAGCUAGCUUGCUUUGUGGACCGUCCGGUCGGAUCUCAGGCCAGUUUGGAUCAGCAGCUGCAGGAAUGGGUUCAGUUCUUCCUCUCAGAGACUUUAUCAGGCAGAGACUGGAUGCUGCUGCGGAGGAGAUCUUCUCCGAGGUGGAGAAAACCAUCAUCCGCCUGGAGGAGGAGCUGGCCGCCCAGAGCAAGCUGCUAGCUGUGUGCCUGAAGCCGCAGGUCAGGCUGCAGAGGCUCGGACUUCCUCCCAGACGGGUUUAUAAGGAAGAGGUUCUGACCGACUACGGGAGUCUUUGUGUUCAUGACAAGGUGGAACCAGAACCUCCACGCAUUAAAGAGGAGGAAGUGGAGCAGUAUCCCCCUGACUUCACACAGAACCUCACAGAACCAGAACCUCCACGCAUCAAAGAGGAGGAAGUGGAGCAGUAUCCCCCUGAGUUCACACAGAACCUCACAGAACCAGAACCUCCACGCAUCAAAGAGGAGGAAGUGGAGCUGUAUCCCCCUGACUUCACACAGAACCUCACAGAACCAGAACCUCCACAGACCGAAGAGGCUCAGCAGCAGCCAGAACCUUUGCAGGGAGAAGAAGCUUUGGAUGAUCCAGAAUCUCCUCGGAAUGGAGAUGAACAGUGUGGACCAGAACCUCUGCAAAUGGACCAGACCCUGGCGGAGCCAGACAGUCGGCAGACCAUAGACGACCUGGACAAGUUAGGAACUUUUGACAUCGAAGAGGCCCUGUCAGAACCAGGAUGUCCACAGAUUAUAGACGACUUGGGUGAGUUGGAGUACCUGGAUACCAAGGAGGACCUGGAGGAACCAGAACCCCUGGAAUCAGAAGAUAAUCAGGAAUCAGAAGACCCAGAAUCUCCGCAGAAUAAAUCCAGAAAAUUGGAGUUCUGGACCCGACAUGACGAUGAGAGUCCACUGCUUAGGAAGGAGUUUGAUGCCUUUGUGCCUCGACAUAGAGAGUCCACUAGCGCAGAACCAUCGGGGAGUUCUGAAGACGACCCGGCAAACGUCCAAAUACCAGAACAGAACCAUGUUUAUCAGGAAGACGUUCCAACUGAGCCAGAAAGGUUCCUCAGUGUGGAUUCAAAGAAACCAGGGUUUCUGCAGAUUAAAGAGGAGCAGGAAGAAGUGAGCUCCCAGCAGUCUGAAGACUCUAAUGAACCCGAACCCUUUGUUUGUAAGACCUGUGGCAAAAAGUUCUCCAACAUGUUGCUGCUGCAAGACCACCGAGACACGCACCAGAACGAGAAGCCUUACUCCUGUGAGCUGUGUACGCGGCGCUUCACUUCGCAGUACAAUGCCUUCCGCCAUAUGAUUACGCACACCGGUGAGAAGCCCUUCUCCUGUAAGAUCUGUGGGGAAAAGUUCGGCUUGAACAGUAACCUGGUGCGCCACCUGAGGCGGCACACCGGUGAGAAGCCCUUCUCCUGUAAGAUCUGCGGGGAAAAGUUCGGCUUGAACAGUAACCUGGUGCGCCACCUGAGGCAGCACACCGGUGAGAAGCCUUUCUCCUGCCACAUCUGCCACAAGCGCUUCAGCCGGAGCAACAACCUCACCUGUCACGUCAGAACUCACACAGGGGAAAAGCCCUACCCCUGCAGUGUGUGCGGGAAGGGCUUCAGCAGGAGGGGCGCUAUGAACAUCCACAUGAGGGUUCACACAGGAGAGAAGCCGUUUACCUGUAAGAUUUGCGGGGAAAAGUUCGGCUUGAACAGUCACCUGGUGCGCCACCUGAGGCAGCACACGGGGGAGAAGCCUUUCUCCUGCCACAUCUGCCACAAGCGCUUCAGCCGGAGCAACAACCUCACCUGUCACGUCAGAACUCACACAGGGGAAAAGCCCUACCCCUGCAGCGAGUGUGGGAAGGGCUUCGUCAGGAGGGCCGCUAUGAACAUCCACAUGAGGGUUCACACAGGAGAGAAGCCGUUUACCUGCAAAGUGUGUCACAAAACCUUCACUCAAGGGGGGGGGCUGAUCUACCACAUGAGGACGCACACGGAGAAGUCAUAUUCCUGCAAACUGUGUGGGAAAACCUUCAGACAAUCCAGCGACUUGCAGUGCCACAAGAAGCGCUGCCAAAGGGUCUGACCUGCAGAAUGAAAACAUCUGGUUUUCUGAUCCUGUGCUGAAUGAGUUAAACUAAACUGGACCUUAAAGCGGCUCUUCUGGGCCCAUUGAUACCAGGAAAACAUCGGACACUUCGUUAACCUACUGCAGGUGGCCCUACUAUCGGCGGCAACAGCGUUAGCAUAUUUAACGCUUGUCAUGUCAAAAAAUAAGCACAGGAGAAAAGAGGAGUGAACUUGUGUUGGGGGUUGGGCCUUCCUAUGAUUAAAACACCUGCACACCCAUGUGUGGCAGUUUUGACAGACAAAGGAAGAGACUGGCUCCUGGCAAGCAUGUUUAAGCUCAUGGUUUAAUCACCAGAUACACAACUGGUAAGAAGAAAAUAAAGUUAGCUAUUAUUAUUAUAUUGUUUAUUGAAAAA